UCUUCCUCUUGGCGGCGCACAGUACAGCGACUCUGCAUAAAAGCUAGAAAUUUGCCUGAGAAUGUGCACAGAUAUGAUCCUAUGAGAGAACACGAGCCUCGCACCGGAGGAGCUGACCAGCGCGUCGCAGUAGUAGCACAGACUGUGGUGCAGGACAUGUCUGGUGACGUCAACGCGCUGGACGUGCUGACGCUCGUCGGAAGAGCGGUGUGCACAGGCGCGGCGCUGACAGCCGCACUCUACCUGAUCCGCAGAGUCUGUCUAAUAAUGGCCUGGAAAUCCGGAGGAGCGAGCCACGCGGAGCUCGUCAACAACCUCCGCAAAAAUGGGAUUAUUAAAUCAGACCGUGUGUAUGAAGUUAUGUUGGCCACAGAUCGUGUCCACUUUUCCAGAUGUAACCCAUACAUGGACUCUCCACAGUCUAUAGGUUAUCAAGCAACAAUCAGUGCACCACAUAUGCACGCGUAUGCUCUAGAGCUCCUCCAUGAUCAGCUGUAUGAAGGAGCGAAGGCUCUGGAUGUGGGAUCAGGCUCCGGGAUCCUGUCUGUCUGCUUCGCCAGAAUGGUUGGGCCGAAGGGGAAGGUGAUUGGCAUUGAUCAUAUAAAGGAGCUUGUGGAGGCAUCUAUAGCUAAUGUAAAGAAAGACGACCCUAGUUUGAUCUCUUCAGGGAGAAUCAAACUCAUUGUUGGAGAUGGAAGAAUGGGCUUUACAGAAGAAGCACCUUAUGAUGCCAUUCAUGUCGGAGCCGCAGCUCCCACAGUGCCACAAGCAUUGCUGGACCAGCUGAAGCCAGGGGGGCGUCUGAUUCUGCCGGUCGGGCCAGCGGGAGGGAACCAGAUGCUGGAGCAGUAUGACAAAUUGGAGGAUGGCAGUACCAAAAUGAAGCCACUGAUGGGCGUGAUUUACGUGCCUUUAACAGACAAAGACAAGCAGUGGUCAAGGUGGAAGUGACUUCCUGUCCUCUGUCCCUUCUCUCUUCUAGGGCACAGGGAUGAACUUUGAAAGGAUGAUCUUUGAAAGGAUGAUCUGGCAAUACUCAUCGCAACACACACACACACACACACACAUACAUCCAACUGGACUGAGGAGAGCUUGUAUUAAUGCUCUAUUUCCAUACCUGUGACAGUCUGAUGGUUGUGAAAGACUGAUGUAUUGAUCAGAUUCUUUUAUUUAAAAAGGAAAAAAAGUGGAAUAGGGCUUUGUGCUGAGAUUUUCAUGCCUGCAGUUUGAGAGUUGUGUGAAAGCAGUUUCGUUUUUUUUGGACGCAGGUGCAUAUUUCUUGUGAUGACUUCAGUAUUAUAGUCAAUUGAAUUGUUCAUGCAUCUCAGCAUAAUGUAUUAUAAACAGAACACGGGGGCCGGCCUUUGUGCUGAAUCCAGCCUGUGAUUAAAACUGUUCACUGCUGCA